AUGGUUCGGACCAAUGGUCACUUUCUUCUUGCUAGGGCUUUCAUUGUAGGAGUGGAAGGAUCUUCUUCUAUUGAUGGAAUUAGAAUCAACAAAAGAUUAGAUGGAUUUUAUUUGGAAGCUUAUCUGGGUAGUUCAUUAAGAGCUUAUCAUCAUCCAGAAAAAUUUGAAAGGAUGUUGAUUUACUUUUUGGCUAUGGAUCCUUCUAUGUUUGUUGGAUUUUUAUUUAGGAAUGAAGAACAAUGGGAAGACAACUCAUCGGCUUUGAUCUAUCUGAUCUCUUCAUCUUUUGGAAUCACUCGUACUAGCAUUAUUAUAGUGCUUCUCCAAAGCUAUACCUCUUCAUCCACUCUCGCGCGUCUCACCAUUGCAGCUUGUCCCGUUUGUUUUAUGCAUUGGGGCGAAAACGGGGUCGUUCAAAAUUUGAAAUGGCUUGAAGAUCAAGGUCCUACAAGUUCGUCAUUGAUUGCCAAAAGAGACUUGGAUGUAGCAGCGAAGAUAGUUGCCGACCAAGAACUCACCGGCCUUACUCCAGAGGAGAAUGUCAGGAUACGACACAAUAUUGAUAGGAACCAUAAGCUUGAUUAUUUUGAGACUCAAUUGCUCCCUUUGCAUGCCCAUGAUAAGAUACCUCAAAUGAGACUUUGUCGCGCAAUGUCAACCGUGGUGCCUGAUGGAAUAAUACUUCUUUUUUCUGAGCAGAAUGAUGGUGACAAUUUUGUACACUUCUCCUGCGUAGUGUCCUUAGGAAACACCGCUCUGCUCGGAUUACAAAAGGAUUUCAAGCUGACUGCGGCUGACUACAGUUGGCUUGGUACCAUAUUUUAUCACAUUGCUGCAAUCUUCACACCUUCAACGCGCAAAGUAUCAUACCUGCUGUUUGAAUAUCCUCAGAGCCUCGCCCUUCAACGUCACCCAGUCGGAAAAUGGCUAGCUUUUAAUGGAAUACUUUGGGCGAUUUUAGUCGCCUCUCAAGUUCUACACUCAUCAAGAGCAAGGAUCAAGAACAGGGUAUUUUGGUGGCUAAUAGCAGCUUCCUUAGCUUUGCAAAUAGCCUUGGAUAAGAGGGAAGAAGUCUGUGAGGAUUUCGAAGAAGCAGACAAAGGCAAAGGACUUGAUUGA